GAAGAGAGGGAGGGGAAGAGGUGGGGAGUAGAGGGAAGCUGGGAUACUGGAGAGAGCAGAAGGAGAAAAAGACAGAGAUGCUUCAGAGAUGGGUGAGUUAUAACUAAGAGAGCAGGAAGAAAGGUAAAGAAAGGGAGAGAAGAAGUGCUGUGGGAAAGGGAAAGGAGCCAGAGACUGAGUCAGCCUCAGGAGGACAAGCAUUAAGAGACAAGUGCAAGGAACACCCCAUCAUCUCAAGAAGGACCUGUUCUGGCCGAGUCAUCACCAUGAGCACACGAAAGAGCUGCCCUCUGUCAGUGGGGCAAGGAGACAGAGAGGAAAAGGAGAGUGAGGGUACUCCAGACGUGGAGCCACAGGAGUGUGAGCUGGAGCUGAGGAACAACGCUAUUCUGCAACAGAAAAGGCGUCUUAAACAGGCCACACAGUUUGUGCACAAGGACUCUGCUGACCUGCUGCCUCUGGACGGUUUGAUGAGGCUUGGUACCUCCAAGGAUCUGCAGCCACAUAGUGUGGUCCAGCGGCGCCUCUUGGAAGGCAAUCUGAACAAACUGCGGGGCAAGACAAGGGUUCAAUCUGCAUGGGUUCAAUCUCCGCUGGCAAAAGACCAGGACGAAAAGAUGGAAAAGGGAGAGGACAGGAGAAAAGAGACUCCACUCCUGCUAAUACAGUGCCAGUGCCAAGGUCAGGUAUUGAAAGCAACUGUUAACACAGGAUGUCAACUGAAUCUCAUCUCCAAGAGCUGUUUAAAACAGCUGGGGCUAGAAGAGGUGUCUGUCAUGGACUGUGGAGAUCUCUCUCUUCCCAUCCCCAGCGUUGUUGGCCAAGUAGAACACGUGGAGGUGCAGUUUGGCCAGGAGACAGUGCUGUGUUCAGCGCUGGUUGUAGAUGAUGAAAUGCUGGAGUUUUGCAUUGGUCUCCAGACCCUGUUGUCUCUCAAGAGCUGCAUCGACUUGGAGGAAGGAGUCCUGAGAUUUAAAGCACUGAGUCAAGAACUGCCUUUCCUACAUGCCUCUGAAGAGCUUGGUCAGUGACUGGCUGCAUACCCUAUCUCUAGGGGGUGAAGAAACUGCUGCCAUGUGAAAGAGAUGAGGGUGAGGUUCAUAGGCCCCUAACCUUGCUGAGUUCUGGGCUAUGGCAUUCACUGGGAAGUGAGAAAAAGGCAAACAGGAGCUGGAAGCGGUUGUUGCUGGGAAUGCCUCUUCUUUGGAGAGUUCUCCCCUCUUUCAGUGAACCCUCCUGCUUGUCCCCACAUGCUGAGUGGGCACUUUAUUCUGUUUUUUCUAUCUGUCCCUGUGGUCCCUCCAAUUUCUGUUUCUGCACUAAAUUCACCAUACCCUUUUAAUAAUGCCUUUUUACAAUGCACUCUAUUCAUGAGACAAGGGAGAGUCACUUUGAACAAUCUCCAGCUUUUUGUGGACAGGGAAGUGGUGCUUUUUCCAAAAGCUUUCAGAGAUUGCUACGAAUGCUUCUCUUUUUCUCUCUGCCUGAAUGAGUGGACUCCAUUUCCUUUGCUUUGUGGGAAGAGGUCUGUGGCCAGUCCCCUCGCCUGCAUGCUGGGAAGUUGGAUUUUGUUUCUUCUUACUGGCUCAGAGCAGAACAGAAGGAUUUUAUUGGAAAAAACCUUGCAACAAGAACAAUGUCAGAGUUCUUAAUUCUAAGAAACUUUUGCAGAAAUGCUAAGCGUAGAUGCCCAGACUACAGUGAAUGCUCACUGGUGCUUCGGCUUUGCCAGUGUAGCCUUGCUACUAGGCUAUACUAGUGUGAAUGGCAAUGCUUAGCAUGUCUUGCUAUACAUAGUAACCAGACUUGCACACCCUAGUCUUCUGACCAGGCCUCUCCCCUCCACACUCCAGCUGCUAUAGCUACAUUCCUAUCACCUCUGCUGCAUCAUCAAACUGAGUUCCUGCCACUCAAUUUAAAUGCUGCAAUGAAUUACAGCAGCUAGAGUCUUCUGUCAGCUCCUUUUUUUCAACUUGAAAUCUAGUAAUUGGAUGCAGACAUACCAUCAGCCUCAAGCCCUAGCAUCUCACAGCCUUUGGUACUCCUUUGGUACUCCAGCAUAAAACUAGAGAACUAGACUUUCUUGUAGUAUCAGCUCAGGUCAGAGAACUGUGGACUCAUCUGGGUUGAACAAAAUGGAUAUUAAGUCACUUUUUUUUUGUUUGUUUUUUGUUUCAUUUGCAUCUGUAACUGCAUGAUAGAUACAUUAUCUACUUGUACUACCUCUAGGUAGGAUGCACCAGGACAGCUUGCUCCAUGCCUGGAAAUGAUCACAACUGAUAUUUUUCAUAAUAUUCAGCACAAGUUUUUCCAUAUCACACUUGAAACCCAGUAAAGCCAUCUCUUCCUCAUGACUACUGAUUCUCUAUCUAAUCUCUCCACAAUAUCCCUUUAUCCUCCCAUAGAAUAUCAUGACAUUGUCAUUUUGCCUGUCAUCCUGGAUUAAACAGUGCUGGCUCUCUUCCUGCCUUAUCAAACCUCUCAUUGUUGCUGUUGCACUUCUUAAAAUACUUGUGGUUGCUUUCCUGCCUCCCCCUGCCCCCCUUAGUUCUCACCUAAACCAGAUGCAGGACUCCAGUUUAACACAUGGCAAAACAAGUGGAGUUACUGCCUGGGUGAUACAUGUAACACACUAAUAUUAGCUGCUGUGACUGGCAUCUGCUCCUCCUUAAAGCAGCCUCAGGCUGGUGAUUUUGUUGCUCAUAUCCUCCAGUGUCUGAUCUGUUGCUUGGCUUUUGAGCCAUUCUUCCACUUGUGCAUCCGAUUAUUUCUUCUUAUGUGUAUUGCUUUUCUUGCAUCUCCUGAAUGACACCAAUAUUUCAGAGUUUUCUCUCAUUUGUGUCCACACCCACAAGCUUCUUGAUGAUCUUGUCUCCCAAAGUAACAGAAAUCCCCUCUGGAUUUGUAUCAUCAACUGCAUAUCAGACUGCCUUCUGAAGCCUAGAGUUCUUUAAUGACAGUUCAAGCCUGUACUGGACCCAUCCUGCAUGCCAGCUGGAAUCUACCUGGUACCUAGGUCACUCUGCUGAAAAAAAAUCUUGUGUUAGAUGAGACACUUGCUCCUAUGUUCCUGUGUGUAGCAACUCAGCUAGCUUCCAGCUCUUGCUUCCCUCUAAAAUAGCAUGGGGAACUAUGGCAAAUAACCUAUUGAAGUUAACAAAUAGCACGUCUAUUACAUCUCAUUAUUCAUUAACCUUCCUGGUCUGUGAAAAACAAAAAAAAUAAGGAUCUUCCCCAAAUCAGACCGCACCUAACAGAAAUCUUUCAGAUCAUUUAAAAGGUGCUGAACUGGAUCCUAUAUAAAGUUGGUAUGACUUUGAGUUGACAUCUAUAUUUUGACUGCUACCUGUUACUUACAGCCCUGCAGAUGUUUGUACAUGAGCUGCUGUUGGAGUUCCCACAUAUCAGUCUUGGCAUACUCUCUUUUUUUGCUCAUCUUCAGAACACCCUCCAGGCCUUCUGAAGCCUUUCUGGGACUUGCAUGCCUCAAUUCUCAAAUCAUUAGAAGUUCAGAUUCCUCUGCUAAUUAAUGUGCUAUGGCAGGUGGAAAUACCCAGCUCUGCCUAUCUCUUCCUCUGCUCUCUGCUUAAUGAAUCCCUCUCGGCAUCGUCUUUUUAUCUCUGCCCAAGUGAAUCAUUCACUCUCCCACACUUGGAAAGAGCAAAUUUGUUACUUACCAAAGGUGUCUUUUCCUUCUUUAGAUAAUCCUUUUAAUAACACUUUCAUAUAUACUGGUUGCUAAUACUCUUAUAUAUCUUGCCAGCCUUUCCUCUUUGCUCUUCCUCUGUGCUUGAGAACUGGCUGAAAGGCAGAGCUCAGAGGGUUGUCAUCAGUGGUGUGGAGUCCAAUUGGAGGCCUGUGGCAAGUGGCAUCCCCCAGGGCUCAGUACUGGGUCCCAUCCUGUCAACCUUUUCAUCAAUGACCUGGAUGAGGGGAUGGAGUGCAUCCUCAGCAAGAUGAUACCAAGCUGCGAGGAGUGGCUGAUCCACCUGAGGGCUGUGCUGCCAUUCAGAGAGACCUGGGCAGGCUAGAGAGCUGGGCAGAGAGGAACCUCAACAGAGUUCAACAAGGGCAAGUGCAGAGUCCUACACCUAGGUAAAAAUAACCCAAGGCACUAGUACAAGCUGGGGGCUGACCUUCUGGAGAUCAGCUCUGCAGAGAAGGACCUGGGAGUGCUGGUGGAUGACAAGUUGACCAUGAGCCAGCAAUGUGCCCGUGUGGCCAAGAAAGCCAAUGGUCUCUUGGGGUGCAUUAGGAAGAGUGUUGCCAGCAGGUCAAAGGAGGUGAACCUGCCCCUCUGCUCAGCCCUGGGGAGGCCACAUCUCGAGUACUGCGUCCCGUUCUGGGCUCCCCAGUACAAGAGAGACAUGUAGCUACUGGAGAGAGUCCAGUGUAGGGCUACAAAGAUGAUCAGAGGGCUGGAGCACCUGCCCUACGAGGAAUGGCUACGAGAGCUGGGCCUGUUUAGCCUGGAGAAGAGAAGGCUGAGGGGGGAUCUUAUCAAUGUUUACAAAUACCUGAAGGGAGGGUGUCAAGGGGAUGGGGACAAACUCUUUUCAGUUGCCCCAUGUGUCAGGACAAAAGGCAAUGGGCAAAAAUUGAAGCACAGGAAGUUCUGUCUGAACGUGAGGGGGAAUUUCUUCACUAUGAGAGUGACAGAGCACUGGACCAGGUUGCCCUGAGAGGUUGUAGAGUCUCCUUCUCUGUAGAUCUUCAAAGCCCGUCUGGAUGCAACCCUAACAUGCUGUAGGUGAUUCUGCUUGAGCAGGGAGGUUGGACUAGAUGAUCUCCAGAGGUCCCUUCCAACCUUACUGAUUCUGUGAUUCUAUGAGUCUUCGCAAUUGCAUGUAUGAAUUCAGACUGUACCACUUCUUGGUCACAGACGAGAUGUUUCCAGCAAGUGCUAAGUCAGUGUGGGAGAGCUAUUAUAGUCAACCAUGAAAUCAGCUCCAGAGCAUGAGACAUGCUUUUCACCCUCCUCCUGCCCAUGUCAGUGGAACAUCCAGGUCCUCUUACUAAAAUUAUCUUCCUCCCAAACAUCAAGAAACCUAUUGGAAACAGUUAUCCUGAAACCUCCCCAUCAAACUUUGUUGCAGGCUUUGUUACAGAAGAAGUUAUGAUGGAAUGAGACCUGCUAGUCAUAACACCAUAGCUGACAGCCCACUUCAACUCAAUCUCUAAGUCACAGUCUAAUCCUACAUUGUCAGUACCUGCUUUCCUCACCAUUGAGCUGAACUCCUGGUGGGUUUGAGUCUCCCCAAAUUCUCUAGCAUUAAAUGACAUGUUGUCACUAAUCCUAAUACAUGUUUUCUGAAUUAACAUACAAACUAGUGUUUUCUAAAAAGACCAACCUUCUUGGUGCUGUGUCCUUACAUUGGACUUCCAGUUUCCACUGUGAAAGAGAAAAAUGUUGGCUUUCAAAGAUGCAAAAUGGAGUUACAAAACAGGAUUGAUAAUGCCUCAAAGAAGAAAGCUCAACUUCAUUCACAUAAAACAUUAUUAUUUUUUAAAAUCUCCUCAGUGUAGGGAAUCAAAUAUGUCAUUUUUAAAGUGGAUUAGCAAGGCUGAGUACUGCUUCAGCAGUAGUUUCCUUUGGAAAAGCUGGUUACACAGACACAUUUCUGUGACCCCAACAUCAGUCACCCUUUAUUUUUUGAGGGGGAGGGGAAGUAGGGAACCGCCUAAAGGUCUUUUCCAAUGGAGACCCCCCAAAAUGCUACAUCUUUCAUAUGGAAGGUGGAAAUUUAGUACAAACUGCCAUCCUAAAACAGGACACAGUGACAUCUUCUGUGUGUUCAACACCUUCUUUUUAAGGUGGCCUACCCCUUCAAAAUAGGCAAUGGUAUGUUAUCAUUUUAGUGAGAAUGUCUCUGAACCUCCAUGUUGUUCAGCUCCUACUAGAGCUGCUUUCCAAUAGUGUGGACAGAGCAGCUUUGAAACAGUGAUACUGGGAAGUAUCUGUCACAGCAAGCCUUUGAAACAGUCAGACAAGUAUGUGUUAGGUGUGAGAUACAUAUGGCUGAACUUGCCCUGAGAUAGAAAGAUGGACUAAGCAACUUUCCAAGGCCUCUUGCAAGGUCUGUGUGUAAGAGGUAAACCCAUCCCAAGAACACGCACCAUUCUGAAGCCAUAAUCACAUCAUUUGCCUUGCCAAGCUUGGGGGACACUUGGCCUUUGAAAGGAACGGGAGCUUCAGCCAGCCCUUAUCCCAGAGGCUUGCUCCUUUUCUCACCACUAUAUGGUGAGUUACAGAACUGAAGAUUAUUCAGCUGCCUACAUAGAUUUACAGUCCUCCUUUACCAGAAAUUCAACUGACAAAUGCCAGGAUAUACCUGGAGAGUAAUGGAAAUGAUGGCAUCCAGAAAAGUGUUUGUAAGAAUUGGAGCAGGGAUGGACAACAGGUUUAUUGUCUCUUAGGAAAAUAAAAUAAAUCUUUCCCUUUAUUUUCUUGCUAGUAAAUUGAAUGCCACAACCAAAGCUACAAACUGCUUAUCCUCAAAUGCCUGCACUGUCCAAGAACUCUGUUGGACUCGUUUUCUGCCCCAUGGGAGAGCUUCCUACCACCAGUGGGUAUGCUAAUCUGUCACUGAGUGGGAUGGAGCAAACACUACUUGUUGCUGCAUAGGAAGGAACAACUUCCAAUUCCAACUCUUUGAAGUGUGUUGGCUGUGCAGAAAGAAGGGGCUUUGAGUUACCAUGGAACUAUAAUAAAGUAACCAUACCUUUCCAGAGAAGAAACCACGUCAGCUGAGUCUCUGAGCAAAUAUACAUGCCACAGAAAAUUGUGGCCAGUGGAAGUGCCAUCAGCAGCCAGCCUUUAAAUUGCCACUUUGGCUUUCAGGGCACGAAAAGAAGCAGGGAAGGUACCUUCUGGCCAGGAACAGUACAAAAGUCCUGAUACAGUUCACUAAGACAGUUCUUAUUAUUUUCUUUUGUGUGCAAGGGGAAUGGGAGCAAAAUGCAUCUGUAAGUCCCUUUAAGUACUAUAAGCAACAGAAUUGUUAGGAAUAUCCUCAAACACUACUUUUUUCCCCCCCCUCUCCAAUGGUUUCAAGAGCGGGAGAGCUUUGGGGAUCAGAUGUUCUGUAGUAUCAGUAUCCCCUUAGCUCUGCUUUCCAGAGUGCAGCAUGCCAGUGCUUGCAUGGUGCACAGUAAUAUACUCAGGCCAAUAGGAGAAGAGGGCUAGGUUGCACAGGUUAUACUUGCCCUGUCCAACACUCACAUGGUUUUGCCCUAUUUUCUUUUAAAGAUGGUUCAUAGAAAAAUGUUGUGUCUCUUGCACUAGGUCUUUCCUGUUUCUUCUAAAAAAAUGAACAGUCCAACAGUGAAUCAAUUUGGCCUUCCUUCCUCUGAAAUCAUUUAACCUGUGUGGCAAAAUCUGUUUUGUAUAAACAAGUUCCAGUUACAUAACCAUUUGUACUCUUUUGUGCUUGUGUUGCUAAUAAAGGUUUCCACUGGGCACGGACAGCCA